AAAUUUGGAGAGAGUAGAUGAAGAAGAAAGCCUGAGAGAGCCUUAACUGAAGUUAAAUAAACAACAACAACAAGAAAAACACAGCUCUGUGAUUACCCUGGAGAGGUAAUAGAAGCUUCUGGGAGAAGCCAUGUGGCCCAUUUAGAGCUGACCUCUCAGCUGCACCAGCCACGUGUGGCACAUUAUCUGAAUGAUACUCAUUCUCCUUACUCCUGGACUUCAUGCAGCAGGGAGAUGUUAUUGUAAAAUAAGCACAAGCCACCAGAAGACACUGGCCUGAGUCCUCUUCUUGGAGGAAAAGUUGGUUGAGAAGUGCUUCUUGGACAAGGAUUAUCUGGAAGGAAAGACCCAGCAGGAAGAGAACUGUGGGUUUUUUGGCCUGGCCUCAAAGAAAGCUAUGCCGUGAAAAGGCUCCUGGCCCACUGACACACAGCAAUUUGGACCGGGCGCUGAUUCUUCUCUGGAGAAGUGGAGGAGAAAAGAAGGAUUUUCUCAUUCCGGUUGCUUGAAGGAUGGCUUCCCAGUUUCAUCAGCUUCGGGUCCUGGUGUGGAAAAACUGGCUCGGUGUCAAGAGGCAGCCGUUUUGGACACUUGUCUUGAUCUUAUGGCCAGUCAUUAUUUUCAUAAUUUUGGCUAUUACCCGAACAAAAUUUCCUCCAACAGCAAAACCAACAUGUUACCUCGCACCUCGAAACCUUCCUAGUACUGGAUUCUUCCCAUUCCUGCAAACCCUACUCUGUGACACAGACUCUAAGUGCAAAGACACCCCCUAUGGGCCACUAGAUCUGCUUCGCAGGAAAGGGAUCAAAGAUGAGCUGUUUAAAGACAGUGAACUUAUGAAAAAAUCAUCCAACCCAAAGAACAGCAAUUUACCACUCCAGAGCACUCAAGUUCCAGACAGAAGACACACAUCACCAGCCACAGUAUUUCCUAGUCCAAGUCCUGAUUUGGAAAGUCCUGGAACAGUAGCUUUCAAUGGCAGUCAAGUGCUUGCGUGGAUCCUUGGUCUGGAAAAGCUGAUAAAAGAAAAUUCAACCUCAGAAGAUGUACGAAAAGAACUGUGUGAGAACUAUCCAAGAUACAGGGCAGAUUAUAACUCUUUUUGGCCCACUCUAGGAAAAAAUAUCUUUGACAACUUUUGCCUUUCCAAUCUGACUCUUUUUGAGUCUUCUUUCCAAGAACUAAAAGAACAGUUCUCUCAGAUAUCGAGAGAUCCCACUAACCAGAAGCUGGUGUUUCAGGAAAUAGUCAAAGUGCUGUCCUUCUUUUCACAAGUGCAGGAGCAGGCAGCCCUGUGGCAGCUUCUCUCUAGUUUCCCAGAUGUAUUUCAGAAUGACACAUCAGUAGGCAAUCUGUUUGAUGUUCUUCAAAAAGCAAACAGGGCGCUGCUGGCCCUGCAGAAGGUUUAUCCCCGGGUUGAAGCUAACGAAGGUUUCAGAGCCCUGCAGAAGUCUCUUAAACAUCUGCUCUACACUCUCGACUCCCCAGUGCAAGGUGACUCUGAGAACACAUCGCAUGUGUGGAGUGAUGACGGAGGGACGCUGUCCCCGAGCAGUCUGGCUGCACAGCUACUAAUCCUGGAAAACUUCGAAGACACCAUCUUAAAUAUAUCAUCUAAUAGUCCAUAUUUUCCUUACUUGGCGUGUGUGAGACAUGUGACUAACAAUUUGGCCAGAGGGGCACCAGAAAAUCUAAGACUUCUGCAGUCCACGAUUCAAUUUAAAAAAUCUUUUCUUCAAAAUGGUUCCUAUGAGGAUUACUUCCCUUCAGUUCCUGAAAUCAUAAAAUCAAAACUAUCUCAACUUCGAAAUUUGACUGAGCUCCUUUGUGAAUCAGAAACUUUCAACUCAAUAGAGAACUCUUGCUGGCUGUCUAAUAUGAGCUUUGGGAGUCUGUGUGAAGACAGUGCAUUUCAUGUGCAACUUCUCGAAGCAGCAGAGCUGGGCACCGACAUUGCAGCCAGCUUCCUGUACCAUGACAAUAUUAUAUCUGAAAAACUGAGAGACUUGCUGACUGGGGACCUAAACAAAAUUAAUUUGAAUAUGGAUCGGGUCCUGGAAGAGGCAUUACAAAUGAAUUACUUGGAAAAUAUCACACAGUUAAUACCAACCAUCGAGGCCUUGCUGCAUGUCAAUAACAGCGCAAUCAUUUCUGAGCAGCCAGAUCAGUUAAUAGAAAUGUUUAAAAAUGUUGAAGAACUAAAAGAAGAACUGAGGAGAACAACAGGGAUGUCGAACACAAGCAUCGACAAGCUGCUAGCCAUCCCCAUCCCUGAUAACAGAGCAGAGAUUAUUUCUCGGGUGUUCUGGCUGCAUUCUUGUGAUGCUAAUAGCACCAGUCCCAAACUGGAGGACACGAUGAAGGAGUUCUGCAGCCUGCCUCUCUCAGAGAGGUCUCAUCAGUCUUACCUCAUUGGACUCACUCUUCUGCACUACUUGGAUGUUUACAACUUCACCUACAAGGUGUUUUUCCCUAGGAAAGAUCAAAAGCCAGUAGAAAAGAUGAUCGAACUCUUCCGAAGGCUGAAAGAGAUUCUCAAUCAGAUGGCUUCAGGCACACAUCCAUUGCUAGACAAAAUGAGAUCCCUGAAACAAAUGCACUUCUCCAGAAGUACUCCAUUAACACAGGCAAUGUACAGAAGCAACAGAAUGAGCACACCCCAAGGAUCAUUCAGUACUAUCUCCAAAGCACUGUGUUCACAAGGAAUUAGAACUGAAUAUUUAACUGCUAUGCUGCCCUCGUCCCAGAAACCAACAGGCAAUCACACCAAGGAUUUUUUGACCUAUAAAUUAAGUAAAAAGCAAGUUGCUGCGAAGUAUGGAAUUCCCUUACAUACCACGCCAUUUUGCUUCUCCCUUUAUAAAGACAUCAUUAACAUGCCUGCUGGACCUGUGAUUUGGGCUUUCUUAAAACCAAUGUUGUUGGGAAAGAUUUUAUAUGCACCAUACAACCCAGUAACAAAGGCCAUCAUGGAAAAGUCUAAUGCAACUUUGAGGCAGCUGGCAGAAUUAAGAGAAAAAUCUCAAGAGUGGGUGGAUAAGUCACCACUUGUUAUGAAUUCCUUCUAUUUGAUGAAUCAAGCAAUUCCAAUGCUUCAGAAUACUCUAAAGAAUCCUUUCGUGCAAGUGUUUGUAAAGUUCUCUGUGGGACUUGAUGCUGUUGAACUACUAAAGCAGAUAGAAGAACUCGACACUCUCAGACUGACAUUAAAAAACAACAUUGAUAUCAUUGAUCAGCUUAACAUACUGUCUUCCCUGACAGUAAAUAUUUCCUCUUGUGUAUUGUAUGACCGUAUUCAGGCAGCAGAAACCAUAGAUGAAAUGGAGAGAGAAGCUAAAAGGCUCUACAAAAGCAAUGAACUCUUUGGAAGUGUUAUUUUUAAGCUUCCUUCUAACAGAAGUUGGUACAGAAGCUAUGACUCUGAAAAUGUCUCUCUUCCUCCUGUGGUAAAGUACACCAUCCGCAUGAGUUUGAAGACUGCUCAGACAACAAGAAGCAUAAGAACCAAGAUUUGGGCUCCGGGGCCACACAAUUCCCCAUCACACAACCAGAUCUACAGCAGGGCUUUUGUUUAUUUACAGGAUAGUAUUGAAAGAGCAAUCAUUGAAUUGCAAACAGGAAGAAACUCACAGGAAAUAGCUGUCCAGGUUCAAGCAGUUCCUUAUCCCUGCUAUAUGAAAGACAACUUCCUAACCAGUGUCUCUUAUUCUCUUCCAAUUGUGCUCAUGGUUGCCUGGGUUGUAUUUAUAGCCGUUUUUGUAAAAAAGCUUGUUUAUGAGAAAGACCUCCGGCUUCAUGAGUACAUGAAGAUGAUGGGUGUGAACUCUUGCAGCCAUUUUUUUGCCUGGCUUAUAGAGAGUGUUGGAUUUCUACUGGUUACCAUCACGAUCCUCAUCAUUAUACUCAAGUUUGGCAAUAUUCUUCCUAAAACAAAUGGGUUCAUUUUGUUCCUGUAUUUUUCGGACUACAGCUUCUCAGUUAUUGCCAUGAGCUACCUUAUCAGUGUCUUCUUCAACAACACCAACAUUGCAGCUCUCAUUGGAAGCCUCAUUUACGUCAUUGCCUUUUUUCCAUUUAUUGUUCUGAUUACUGUUGAGGAUGAGCUGAGCUAUGUAGUGAAAGUAUUUGUGAGCCUGCUGUCCCCAACAGCGUUCAGUUAUGCGAGCCAGUAUAUUGCACGCUAUGAGGAACAAGGCAUUGGUCUUCAGUGGGAAAAUAUGUACAGCUCCCCAGUCCAGGAUGACACCACAUCAUUUGGCUGGCUGUGCUGUCUAAUCCUAGCUGACUCUUUCAUCUACUUCUUUAUUGCUUGGUACGUCAGGAACGUUUUCCCAGGAACAUAUGGCAUGGCUGCGCCAUGGUAUUUUCCAGUUCUUCCUUCCUAUUGGAAGGAGCGGUUUGGAUGUGCAGAGGUGAAGCGUGAGAAAAGCAAUGGCCUUAUGUUUACCAACAUCAUGAUGCAGAACACCAACCCAUCUGCUAGUAAGACAAGCCCUGAACACAUGUUUCCCUCCAACAUUGAGCCAGAACCAAAAGAUCUCCCAGUUGGAGUUGCCCUGCAUGGAGUAACAAAGAUGUAUGGUACAAAAGUUGCUGUUGAUAACCUCAAUCUGAACUUUUAUGAAGGGCAUAUUACUUCACUGCUGGGACCAAAUGGAGCCGGAAAAACUACUACCAUCUCUAUGUUAACUGGGUUGUUUGGUGCCUCUGCUGGUACCAUCUUUGUGUAUGGGAAAGAUAUUAAAACAGACCUAGACACUGUUCGGAAGAACAUGGGCGUGUGCAUGCAGCACGAUGUCUUGUUCAGUUACCUUACUACUAAGGAACACCUUCUUCUGUACGGCUCCAUCAAAGUUCCUCACUGGACUAAGAAACAGCUCCACGAAGAAGUAAAAAAGACUCUGAAAGAAACCGGACUAUACAGCCAUCGUCACAAGAGAGUUGGAACGCUGUCAGGAGGGAUGAAGAGGAAGUUGUCUAUCUCCAUAGCUCUCAUUGGUGGGUCGAGUGUUGUGAUUUUGGAUGAACCGUCCACUGGAGUUGACCCAUGUUCACGCCGAAGCAUAUGGGAUGUAAUAUCCAAGAACAAAACUGCCAGAACAAUCAUUCUGUCGACACAUCACUUGGACGAGGCUGAAGUGUUGAGUGACCGAAUUGCCUUCCUAGAGCAGGGUGGGCUGCGGUGCUGUGGGUCACCAUUUUACCUCAAGGAAGCAUUUGGAGAUGGGUACCACCUCACACUCACUAAGAAGAAGAGUCCAAGUCUAGAUUCGAAUACAACAUGUGACACGAUGGCUGUGACAGCAAUGAUCAGAUCCCACCUCCCUGAUGCCUACCUCAAAGAGGACUUUGGAGGAGAGCUUGUUUAUGUGCUUCCUCCAUUUAAUACCAAAGUCUCGGGAGCCUAUCUGUCACUCCUAAGAGCGCUGGACCAGGGCAUGGGUGACCUCAACAUUGGGUGCUAUGGCAUUUCAGACACCACUGUUGAAGAGGUUUUCCUGAACUUGACUAAAGAGUCACAGAAAAAUGGUGAUAUGAAUUUUGAGCACUUAACACAACGGAAAAUUGGGAAUUCCAAUACCAAGGGCAUCUCGACUCCAGAUGAUUUAUCUGUGAGCAGUAGCAACUUCACAGACAGAGAUGACAAAGUCCUGACUAGAGGAGAGCGGCUGGACGGUUGUAGGCUGCUGCUGAAGAAGAUAAUGGCCAUUCUCAUCAAACGGUUCCACCACACGCGCAGGAACUGGAAGGGGCUCAUUGCACAGGUGGUCCUUCCCAUCGUCUUUGUGACCACGGCCAUGGGCCUCGGCACACUGCGCUCUUCCAACAACAGUUAUCCCGAGAUCCAGAUCUCCCCCUCUCUUUAUGGUGGUUCCGAACAGACAGCCUUCUACGCGAAUUAUGACUCAAGUACAAAACCGCUGGUCUCAGCAAUGUGGGAUUUCCCUGGCAUUGACAACAUUUGUCUGAACAGCAGUGAUUUACGCUGUUUAAAGGAAAAUAGUCUGAACAGAUGGAACACCAGUGGAGAGCCUAUCACUAAUUUUGGUGUUUGUUCCUGCUCAGAAAAUAUCCAGGAAUGUCCUAAAUUUAAUUAUUAUCCACCUCAUAGAAGAACCUAUUCUUCCCAAAUGAUUUAUAACCUUACUGUUACUGGGCGCCACAUGGAAAAUUAUCUUAUCUCAACUGCCAAUAAGUUUUCCCAAAAAAGAUAUGGAGGUUGGAGUUUUGGGCUCCCUCUGACUAGCGACCUUCGUUUUGACGUGACAGCAGUUCCUGACAAUAGAACACUAGCCAAGGUGUGGUACGACCCAGAAGGCUAUCAUUCCCUUCCAGCUUACCUCAACAGCCUGAAUAAUUUCCUCCUGCGAGUUAACAUGUCAAAAGCUGAUGCUGCCAAGCACGGGAUCAUCAUGUAUAGCCAUCCUUAUCCAGGCGUGCAAGACCAGGAGCAAGCCACAAUCAGCAGUUUAAUCGAUAUUUUAGUGGCACUGUCCAUCCUGAUGGGCUAUUCUGUCACCACCGCCAGCUUUGUCACCUAUGUUGUAAGGGAACAUCAGACCAAAGCGAAGCAGUUGCAGCACAUUUCAGGCAUUGGUGUGACGUGCUAUUGGGUAACAAACUUCAUUUAUGACAUGGUCUUCUACUUGGUCCCUGUAGCAUUUUCCAUUGGCGUCAUUGCAAUAUUCAAGUUGCCUGCCUUCUACAGUGAAAGCAACCUGGGUGCUGUAUCUCUCCUUCUUCUGCUGUUUGGAUAUGCAACCUUUUCUUGGAUGUACUUGCUGGCUGGCUUAUUCCAUGAAACAGGGAUGGCCUUCAUCACUUAUGUCUGUGUCAACCUGUUUUUUGGUAUCAAUUCCAUUGUUUCCCUGUCGGUGGUAUACUUUCUUUCUAAGGAAAAGCCUAAUGAUCCGACUUUGGAACUUAUUUCUGAGACCCUCAAGCAAAUCUUCCUGAUUUUCCCACAAUUCUGUUUUGGCUAUGGUUUGAUUGAACUUUCUCAACAACAAUCAGUCUUGGACUUCUUAAAAGCAUAUGGAGUGGAAUACCCACAUGAAACUUUUGAAAUGGAUAAACUAGGGGCAAUGUUUGUAGCGCUGGUAACUCAAGGCACCGCGUUUUUUUUGUUGCGACUCUUAAUCAAUGAGUGGCUGAUAAAAAAACUCAGACUCUUGCUCAGAAAAUUUAGUUCUUCACCUGUAAUGGAGCUAACAAACGAAGACGAAGAUGUGCGGGCUGAGAGAUUAAGGGUUGAGAGUGGAGCAGCGGAGUUUGAUCUGGUCCAACUCCAUCAUCUCACAAAGACCUACCAACUUAUCCACAAAAAGAUUAUAGCUGUAAACAACAUCAGCAUUGGGAUACCCGCAGGAGAGUGCUUUGGCCUUCUUGGGGUGAAUGGAGCAGGCAAGACCACGAUAUUCAAGAUGCUGACUGGAGACAUUAUUCCUUCGAGUGGAAACAUUUUGAUCAGAAAUAAGACAGGAUCUCUGGGUCACGUUGACUCUCACAGCUCGUUAGUGGGUUACUGCCCUCAGGAAGAUGCCUUAGAUGAUCUGGUAACUGUGGAAGAACAUUUGUACUUCUAUGCCAGAGUCCAUGGAAUUCCAGAAAAAGAUAUCAAAGAAACUGUUCAUAAACUCCUUAGGAGACUUCACUUGAUGCCCUACAAGGACAGAUCCACCUCUAUGUGCAGUUAUGGUACAAAAAGAAAAUUAUCCACUGCUCUGGCCUUAAUAGGGAAACCUUCCAUUCUACUGCUGGAUGAGCCGAGCUCUGGGAUGGAUCCUAAGUCGAAACGGCACCUCUGGAAGAUUAUUUCAGAGGAAGUGCAGAACAAGUGUUCCGUCAUCCUCACAUCUCAUAGCAUGGAAGAAUGUGAAGCUCUUUGUACCAGGCUGGCCAUUAUGGUGAAUGGAAGGUUCCAGUGCAUUGGAUCUUUGCAGCACAUAAAGAGCAGGUUUGGACGUGGCUUUACUGUGAAGGUUCAUUUAAAGAAUAACAAAGUGAGCAUGGAGACUCUCACAAGGUUCAUGCAACUGCACUUUCCAAAAACAUAUUUAAAAGAUCAGCACCUUAGCAUGCUAGAGUAUCAUGUACCAGUCACUGCAGGAGGGGUCGCAAACAUUUUUGACCUGCUAGAAACUAACAAGGCUGCUUUAAAUAUCACAAAUUUCCUAGUGAGUCAGACUACACUGGAAGAGGUUUUCAUCAACUUUGCUAAAGAUCAAAAGUCCUAUGAAAAUGCUGACACCAGCAGCCAAGGUUCCACCAUAAGCGUGGACUCACAGGAUGACCAGAUGGAAUCUUAGCCACCACAAACUUGCUUUUAGAAAACAGCCAAUGGAUGCAUUUUGAAGAAGACAUCCCUUCUUCAAAAUCUCUUCAUUUUAAAGUAUACACUGUGUGGAAAGUUACGCUUGUAUAAGACUUAUGAGUUAUGGUGAACAGAAAGUUUUCUUCCUAAGGUCAGUGAACACUACCGCUGCUGAAAUGAAUUCUUGUAUGCACAACACUGUGAGCAUGCCAGUGUAUCUGCUGGUGUUUCUCAGGCAAAAAUGAAAACACCUCAUGAUGAAUGUCUUAAUUUAUUACUUUCAAUAAAAAGACAGCUUAAAAGGUA